CUGCUCCUCCUCCUCCUCCUCUUCCUGCUCCUCCUCCUCCUCCUCCUCUCUUGUUAUCAAACCCAAACUCAAUGUCCCCUCCGUUUCGACCAGAGGGUUUACCCAUUGGACCAGGCCGCUUCAUAUCGAACCCAAACUCCACAUCACCUCUUUCUCUCGGCUCACGCUCCACAGGUCUGAUCUCACGGCUCUUCUUUGACGACGGUUUCUCGUGCUUCGAAGCUUUUUUGUUGUUUUUUUCUUUGUGUUGCUUUCCCCCGCGGUUGCAUAGCCUUCCAAAGACACAAGCCAGUGCCGCCAAGAUAAGGAUCGCUGCUAGAACUAUGAACACUGUACCGAACGAGCCACGUGAACUAGAAGUGGGUGAAGGCGGGGUCGUAUAAGAGGUAGAAGAUGAAGAAGGAGAUGGAUACACGUAAAGAGGCUGCUGAAUCUCUUGUGGUUGAUCUCCCAUUUUUAUAUCUCUAGUAGUUUUGGUUUUGAUUGUGAUUUUGGUGAGAUAUAUGCUUUAGGAGGUCUGUGAUAAUGAAGAGUACUUCAAUGUAUUAAUAGUAGUAGCACUCCUGUCUAUGAUC